GCCGGGGUCCGGCCGCGAUGCUGGGCGCCCUGGAGCUGCUGCUGCUGGGGGCGGCCUGGCUGGCCGGUCCGGCCCGCGGGCAGAACGAGACGGAGCCCAUCGUCCUGGAGGGGAAGUGCCUGGUGGUCUGCGACUCCAACCCCACGUCCGACCCCACGGGCACGGCACUGGGCAUCUCCGUGCGCUCGGGGAGCGCCAAGGUGGCUUUCUCCGCCAUCCGGAGCACCAACCACGAACCCAGCGAGAUGAGCAACCGCACUAUGAUCAUCUACUUCGACCAGGUACUAGUGAACAUCGGAAGCAACUUCGACUCGGAGCGCAGCACUUUCAUCUCCCCACGGAAAGGGAUUUACAGCUUCAACUUCCACGUGGUGAAAGUCUACAACAGACAGACCAUCCAGGUAAGCUUGAUGCUCAACGGCUGGCCGGUGAUCUCGGCCUUUGCCGGGGACCAGGAUGUGACCCGGGAAGCGGCCAGCAACGGCGUCCUGAUCCAGAUGGAGAAGGGAGACCGGGCGUACCUCAAACUGGAGCGGGGAAACUUGAUGGGAGGCUGGAAAUAUUCUACGUUCUCUGGAUUUCUCGUGUUCCCUCUCUAAAGGACUCCUCGCUAGAACGGAGGGAGACAGAGAGAGAGAGUGAGUGAGUGAGUGAGAGAGAGAGAGAGAGAGAGAGAGAGAGAGAGAGAGAGAGAGAGAAAGCAGCAAGUCUUGAGAAUUUCUUACAAAUUCCCAAAUCGUACCUGGGUAUAAUGAGCUCUGGACAGCAUACUCUUUCUGUUAAUUUAGUAAAAGAAGCUCAAUUCCGCGUAGGUCUGUGUACACGUUUCGAAUAAUAUGAUUUCCUUUCCCCCUUCUUCGGUUCUUGUAGCCAAGAGAGGCCGCAUUGUAAUUGGCUUUGACCUCCAAUAACCAAAUGCUCCCCCCCAUCCCAAAGUAGCUUAAAAAUCAAACAGACAACAACCCCAAAGCCUUUGUAUUUCGAUGGUGUAAGUCUUCAAAUAUUUCUCCCUUGGUUGACUUUCCACUGACUCCGUCGUUCUGCUGAUACUUUACAGUGUUCUUCUCCGUAGCCCCUUCCGGGGGGUCUUCUGCGUUUCGAAAGCGUUGCUCUUAAACUUGGAUAAGAGUUAACUUUCAGAAGGUAUUUUUGAAUACACGGAUGCCAUGGCGAAGGAAAAAAAAAAAGACUCGCUUCGCCGUUGACUGGCUGACAGUUCCAAAAAGAAAAUUUAUACACGAAGAUCUAUUCCCGGUGGCAACUGAUGGAAUAGAAUAUUUCAGUAUUUCUAUGUAAUAUUCAAAGUGAUUGUGAACUAUAAGGCUGCUAAAUGUUUUGAUGCUUGUUUUGCUCUCGUAAAAUGUGGCCCGACUAAACGCCAAGAAGUAUAUCGAACUUUUACUCUCUUACUCUGUAAUAUAUGUGUGAAUAUCGGAAAUUUAAUUUGGCUUCGAUUCAAUAAAGUUUCAAGGGGACUUUUAUUUUCCUUAAACAGAAAUAAGGUUUCUGAAUGCCGCCCUUGCACCCUCCACGGGUCCAAGGUGGGAGGAAAGAACGGAUGUGAAGUGGUGAAAGAGGUUUUGAUGCCGUAAUCUUUAGGGUCUUGGCCCCAAAAGGAAGGGGAUUUCGGUGGUAAGAGUCGCCCUGCCGGGUCGAAGACGAGGCGGCCGACGGGGAGGCCGCAUCCGGGCCUGUGAGUGUCCAAUCUCUCGCACGGUCGCGCAAUUUUAGAGGUCGAUGGGUCUCAGCAUCACUAUCCUCCAGGUCGGAGCCCGCCUUCUCGUCGCUUUUCUGCAAUUCUUUCUUUUCAUCGGGAGAGAAAAGCAUUCCCGUUCGCAGCCAACCGGAGCGCGGUCCAAAAGGGGAUCUUCCCGCGCUAGGACAAAUCGUCCUAAAUACUCUAAAUUAUGCUAAAUUUAAAAUUUACAGAAGGGGAAAUCUGCCCGGUUCAGUACGGAAUCGCCUUCACUUAAUCCCAGCUUGUUUUUACCAUUGUCUGUAUUAUAGAAUUCGAAUCCGAUGACAUUUUAUACAAGCGUCUCUGAAAUCCUUAUCCUGUACACUUAUUGGUUUAGCUAGGCAUUAUUUUGUUUACGGUCUUUAAGAGAUGUAAAUUCUAUAAUUUUUGCAGUACUCGGAGAUUACUACUUUUAUUAAAAGGUCCGCAAAGGAUUUCGAUUGUAUCCAAAUAUGUGAAAGCAAAAGUGUAAUAAACAAGUUCAUUUUAAGACUGGAA